GGCGGCGAGCAGACGUCAGUGCGAGAGAUGGUCCAGCAGCCGAGUAUCAGUGCGCCGCACUAAGCCAGCCAUCGAGCCGUAUCAUGCGUUGUCGCUGCUGCUGCCGCCCUAUCAGAUAAUGCUGGAGCCGAAGGCGACGUGGCUGGUUGCGCCGCCGCUGCACAACAGCAGCUGCUCGCACCCGCGGUACGCGGCCACCGUUGCCGCUGGGUGGUGGACCGCGCCGCCGUCCGUCGUCGACGCCGUGCAGGCGCUCUUCAUCCUCAUGCUCAGCAUCGGCAUCCUCGCAGCCAACGUCCUCCUCAUUUUUGUCAUCAAUAGCCGCCGCUACGCAAAGUACAUCCACGCCCAGCCGCGUUACCUGCUCACUUCGCUGGCGUGCAACGAUUUGGCCAUCGGCCUGCUGGUCACUCCGUUUGCCUUCCUGCCCACGCUGCUCCACUGCUGGCCCUACGGCGAGAUGAUCUGCCAGAUCCAGGCGCUGCUGAGGGGCGCCCUGAGCCAGCAGAGUGCCGUCAUCCUGAUCUGCAUGGCCAUCGACCGCUACAUGUGCAUGCUGCAUCCCGUAAGCUACCACAAACAUUCGAGCAAAAAGGUCUCUGCGCAGGGUUGCGUGGCCAUCAUGAGUCUGACCUGGGUGACGGCGCUGACGCUGUUCGCGGUGAUGGUUCUGCCACGGCGCCACGGUGGCUUCUACUUCAACGGCGACGGCCUGCACGCGUGCGAACCCUUCUUCCCGCGGCCCAGCCUCCGCAUCCUCGCCUCUUGCCUCUUCUACUUCCCCACCACAAUGGUGCUCAUGUACUGCUACGGCUCCGCCUUCCACGUCAACAAGCUGAGACUCAAGAGGGUCGUCUGCGCGGCCAUCGCUGUCCCCGACCCCCUUGGAGGCUCCGCCGUUGAAAAGCUGGUGGCGCAAGAGCGGCGGCUGAGCACGGCAGCCUCACGCACCAUGGCCGCCAUGUCGCUCAGCUUCAUCGUCAUGGUCACCCCGUGGAGCAUCCAAGAGGUCGUGGCCGCCUGCACAGGAAGCAAGGUCCCACCAUUCAUGGACUUCCUGGUCACGUGGGUGGCCCUGAGCAACAGCUUCUGGAACCCCUUCCUCUACUGGCUGCUCAACACAAACUUCAGACGCAUUAGCAAGGAGCUGCUGCUAACAAAGCUGCUGUGCCGGCGCAGCGCCGCGGCGACGCCGCGUCGGACGCACUGCUGCUCGAGCCUAGCGCAGGUGCCGGCGGUGGCGGGCGCAACGCUGCGAGCCGGCGGGGGCGACGCCGAGGGCAUCAGCGAGAAGUACUGGGGCGAGAUCCUCGAGCGCACCGUCUCCAGCAACAGUCUGCAGGCGCUGCAGCGCAUCUACGGGCGUUCCAGCGCCCACGACGCCCGUCUGUUCCCCUCGCCCCUCUGCGCUGCCCAAAUGACCGAGAUUUGAGUGCAUUUCCCACUCGUUGAUCUCCCUGAGAUCACUGUUUUUUUUUCUGGAAAUUACUAUUCUUUUUACCGAUUUGAUGAGUGUAGCUAUUAACUGCAAUAUUCUGCAUUUGACCAGUUUUUAAAAAUCUCAUUUUUGUAGGUGAGUUAUCAUCCAGCUGUUUUUAAUUUAAAUAUAUUUUAAUCGUUUCUUGUUCAUUUCUAUAAAGCUAAGAAUUAACGAAUUUUGAUUUUCAAGAAUUUUAAUUUUAUUACACAUGCAUAUUAUAGGGUUUUUUCAAUUCAAAUAUUCACAUGUUUCAACUAUAUAAACUGAUAAAGUUUCCACCGUUCAACCCGGAAAACCAAAAAGUGAACUAGCAAUUUGUUUCCCCAUCAAAGGAACCGUGCGACUACUGAUAUACAUGUAAAAUAAAAUAGUGAUUAGCUUUUUACGGACAGGAAAUGCUCGGUAAAUAUCCAUAUAGUCGUUUGUUGUUUGUCGUGCGAUUUUGUGUUAUUUCAAUUGAAGAGGCACAUGAGAAGUGUGGAGAAGAAGUACGUGUGUACUUGGAAAAAUAUGUUUGUCCGUGUAUAAAAAUAAACAUAGAUAGAUCAAUAAAUCUGCAUAAUG